CCGACGGGGACAAACCCUUCCCGGGGCUCCCAGGCCCCGCUGGAAGGGGGUUUCGUGCCCGGGCCCCGCGGCCCCUCGCCCCGCCGGCCCGGGCCGGGGCAGCCAGGGCGGCCCCGCGGGCGCGGGCCCCGCGCCGCCCGCCGCGCUCCCGCCGCCAUGGCAACGCCGAGGCGGGACCCGGCGGGCCCGGCCCGCGCCCCGCCCGCCCGCACGGCAGGACGAACCGCCGCAGCCGCCAGGACGAGCCCCGGCCGGCGCCUCCCCUUCGGGCCCGGCCGGGAGCAUGGGGCUGAAGAAGGAGAGCAAGCGGUGCCAAGUGCAUGGAUACUCAGCUGUUGUCGUUCCCAGAUGUGGUCCAUGUAAAGGACAUUUAAGUACUAAGAGUAGUGCUUUCUGCGUUGACUCCUGUCAAAAUCUAACUAGCCAAUACCUGAUCAGAGAUCACAUGGUGUUUCAUUAUAGCAGAAUUCUUUCUGCCAGAGCAGCUGUAGACUGUUCAGUGCCCAAAAGUAGGUUGACCUGCAUCAAACUUGCUGACCAGCAGAGAAGAGAGAAACUGAAAAGGAAGAUAGCCAAGUGUGAAGAAAAAUUGAAUGUGUGUAAAGCUGUCCCUCAAUGUGGUUCAAGAGACAAUGGAUGGCUGCUGCCAUCCACGUGUAGAAAGAGUUUGUUUGCAAUAGAAGACAAUCUGUUGGCCUGUGCUGGGGAGGCACGGUUCCUGUCAGGAUCACCAUCUCCUCAUGGCGAGCACUGCUUGGUUCACUCCAGUCCCGUAAAACAGCCCAGGAAACGUUCUCGGAACACGUCCAGGAUUUAUCAUUCAAGCUCAAGUGUCUGCGUGUCCAGGCUGAGUAAGCACUGUGCGUUUUCACACAGUCGCUCCACCGAGAACGUUGUGAGCGUUCCUUGCUCCAGGAGGUGUCAAGGAAACAACCCCGGAGCGAGCGGCGGGGAUCUCCUGGAGAGGCACUCGGAAUGCUUCACCAAGGUCCGCAAACCUUUUACUCCACGCACCCUCAUAUCAGAUGCUAAACCUGCCCUGACAGACUACAGGUAUUACACUGCUGCUCGAAGGAAGAAGAAAAAUCGCCACAGGCAUUUUGUGGAAGCUCAAACACAGACUGAUGUGAUCAGCUUUUCAUCUGGAGACAAAGUGUAUGUGAGAAAAGUUACGAGUGAACAGCAGAUUGCAUCAAAGGCUGAAGAUAAACGAUGUACUUGCUAUGAGCCUGAGAGAGAAAUACAUGAAUGUCAAUGCUCCAACCUAAGAGAGACAUCAUGGCAUACUCAGAGGUGUUCGCCAAGGAGGACUGUUGAUUCAGAAGAAGAGGAGCUUUUAUAUUUAACUUUCAUUGAAGAUGUAACCAAUGAAAUUCUUAGACUUGGGUUAUUUUCUAACAGGGUUCUGGAUCAAUUGUUUGAGUGCCAUAUAGAAGAAAAUAAGAACCACCUUGAUGAGGGCAGAAUGCGCCGGAUGCUGGCUGUGCUGAAAUCAGACCUCGGCUGUGGCCAGGACAGCGAGACAGAGCUCACCCAUGCAGGCCAGGAAUCCUUGGACUCACUGGAUCUGCAGGAGGAUGUGAUAGAGGAGCUCAAGCUUACCAAAACAGGUUGCAGGCUGAGGAAAGCUACAAAAAGUGAAGAAUUCCUUGAGACCAUGGACUUGUCCUUAAAGGAACCAAAGAAGUGUGAAUCACUGUCACUGAGCUCAACAGACACACCGAGCAGGGAGGACUCUUCAGAAGACACCACAGAAUGCAUGGAUGCUGCAACAGAGUCUGAGCUCUGUGGUGUGGAAUUUGAAGGACACCCAGACACUUCUCGCACCUGUGAGGCAGCUUUAAACUCAACUGCUUGUGGCAGUGAUUCGGAAGUCAAUAAGGAACUUGAUGAACUUGAGGAAGACUUUUCAGACCUUAAGCUUUCAUCUAGCUAUUCUCAACAGUAACCAAAACUUACCUGUUAAACAGGGACAGAGCUCCUUCUGUGGUGAACUGCCAUUUGUCAACUAGUGGCAAAUAGUUUGGUUUAUUUUCAGUUAUUUCUGUUUAAAGACUACUAAGAUCUUUCUAGCAGGAUACAAUUAAUAGGGCAUUAAUCUCGGUAUAAAUUAGACCUUAAGGGAUAAGAAGUCAGUUAUCUGAAGAAUUUGUAUAUUUUGCCUAUAAUUGUAUAACUAAAAAAACCUUUAAAUUAAAUUAAAUUGAUUAGAAUAUUAAAAUUAGAUUUAUAUUUUUAGAGCUAUAAUAAUAAGUAAUGAAAUAUUUAUUGUUUUAAAGAAAUUAAUUGAUUGAGCAGUUGUGGUCCUGCUAUAAAGAUCUGAGAUUUUGUAGUCUGCAAGAAUUCAACAACUUAACAUAAAUUUUAACAUCAAUGUCCUCUUCUAGAAUGAACAAACAGUUCCACCAUGUAGUGUAUUGUUACUACUCGCAGAAGCCCACAAAUGGAAAAUCGAACUAUUUCACAAGAAGAAAAUCCAACUUUUAACAGAUCUAUGUAGAUUAAUGACUGUAGUUUUUUAUUUUCAGUACUUAACUGAAUAAGACUGCUAAGUUCAAUUUCUUGCCCUGAUGACAGCCAUGGCAUAGCAUUCUUCAUCAAGCUUUGAUUUUGGAAAAGGAUUGAGUUGCAUACAGUUUGAUGAGUAGGACUAUCUAGAAGAAGACACUUCAGGCACCUUGUGGAGCAAAUGGAAAAGAGGUGGUGUAUUUUCUCGUUAAAGUUUAAACUGAAAGUAGCACAUACAUUGCACGAAAUCAGCCCCAGUGUCAUUGUUUAAUCAGAGUACAGCUAUUGCCUGACAUUCCCAUUGGUGCAGAAUGAGCUCAGCAGGUUCUGAGGAAAUGGGGGCAAGUUACAUCAUCUUGUAUAGGUGAGGAACUAGGAGAAGUCUUAGGAACCUGGAUAAAGCCUAUUCCCUAAUAUCUCCUAGGGUCAGUUUUUAACCUUCUUCCUCCAAGGACAAGCCCAGGUUGUACCAGUGCUUACAUAACCACUGCCACCAGCUGCCUCCCCUGCGCCUCGUGAGCAUCGACCCAAGUCUGUGACUCCAUCGGCCGAGGACCCAUUGCAGCUUCAAGUGGCUCCUGUAGACACAGACCACUGCUUCACAUAAGCAUAAACUCUCAGAAAAAAAAAAAAGUCAAAAAACAGCUAGAGAAAGCCAGUCAGAGAUAAACGUGUCGGGCACAAUCACAGCACUGCAGUGCAGAGCAUGAUUCCCAAAGAAAGCAGAAGGCACUUUCCUGGGUGCCUUGUCCACAAUAAUAAAUUGCACUUGUUGACAAUGACAGCAAACCAGAGGUUAUUUUAGCCCUGUACUUGUGAUGGGCACCAGCCUUUCAUCUGUCACACUCAGUUGCUUUGUAAAUCUGGCCUGCAGCAUGUGUGCUCUGGCUCACUGAAAAGCAAGUGAGAGAACGUGAGGACUUCAUCUCCCCAUCAGAGCCCGUCUUGUUGAAAAGAUGUGGCCACAGGACUGUGCAUGGAGGUUUUGUCCUCAAGCACAAGUGAUCACAGACCUUCUCCUAUCCUCAAGGAAGCUCCCUCUCUAUUCCUUACCCCAGAGAGCUGAACAGAAGGGAUGCCCUAGGAAACUGUUGUUUCUACUUUACAGAGAAUUCUGACACAGAGGGACUGGUUCGAAAACUAAAGAGCCUGGUUAGAUGUAUCCAAGUAUAAAGCCUCUUUUCUCCUCAGACAGGACUUCACUCACUCUUGGGCCCUCCACUCCAAGUUCUCCAUUCUUGGUCAAUAAUGGGAAUUUAGGGGGAUUUUCCCUACCUCUCUCUACACUUGUGACUUGUACAUCACUCAGCAAACUUUGGCUUCUUGUCAACAUGAGUCUGAUUAAAGAUGAAUAAGAAUUUCACAGUCAAAUUCUGUAAAUAAAAAAAUACUCUAGGAAAACACCACAGCAGUGAACCUCACAGAAAGGCACAAGAAAUGACAUACUCAUUUCCUGUAAUACAAGUAACACAAAAAUAAAUAAAAACAGUUCCUUGAUCAUA